CAGAGAAAACGGCAACACAAAGUAAGCCCAAGGAACCAGAGAAAAAGACAACACAAAGUAAGCCCAAGGAACCGGAGAAAACGGCAAAGCAAAGUAAGCCCAAGGAACCUGAAAAAAAGGCAGCACAAAGUAAGCCCAAGGAACCGGAGAAAACGGCAAAGCAAAGUAAGCCCAAGGAACCGGAGAAAAUGGCAACACAAAGUAAGCCUAAGGAACUGGAGAAAACGGCAAAGCAAAGUAAUAAGCCCAAGGAACCGGAGAAAACGGCAAAGCAAAGUAAGCCCAAGGAACCGGAGAAAAUG